UGCUGUUGCCUGCUGUGCCGGCUUGCCGGGAAAACAGCCUGCCUCACCAUUCCGCGGCACAGGCGCGGCCGUCGGCAGCCCCGUCCGUCGCGGACCCCGACGCGCCCACACCAGAAGCAGACGCGCCCGUCGACGACAUGGACAUGGGCCACUGCAAAGCGCUGAUAGUCCUGGGGCUGGUGCUCGGCGGCGCCGCGGCCACCCUAACCUCCAACUCGGCGAGGGAGAAGGAGAAUGCCGCCUUCCCCGUGGUCGUCAACACCUGGGCCGACAACGGCUUUCAAAGCGCCGGCGCCAAAGCAUGGGAAGUCCUGAGUAAAGAGAGGGGCUCUUCUCUUGAUGCCGUUGAAAGAGGAUGCAGUGUUUGCGAGGAGCUGCAAUGUGAUGGUACAGUGGGGUACGGAGGCAGCCCCGAUGAGACAGGUGAAACAACACUGGACGCCAUGAUCAUGGAUGGGGUGACUAUGAAUAUUGGAGCAGUCAGUGACCUGCGAAAUAUACGGAAUGCUAUCUCUGUAGCGAGAAAGGUCCUUGACCAUACAGCUCACACAAUGCUAGCGGGCAAUCAAGCAACCAAAUUUGCCAAGCAGAUGGGUUUCAAGGCGCAGUCUCUAAGUACUAACAACUCACUUGGAAUAUGGCAAAAGUGGAAACAAAAUAAAUGCCAACCGAAUUUUUGGAGGAAUGUUUCACCUAAUCCAACGGGUAGCUGCGGCCCUUACAAAGCCAACCAUAAAAUAAGCACUGCAGACUUGAUCCAAAGCAGCAAUGAGAUCAGUUCCCAAAAUCACGACACCGUUGGAAUGGUUGCAAUUGAUGCUGAGGGGGUGAUUGCAGCAGGCACUUCGACAAAUGGUGCCCGGCACAAAAUAGCGGGACGAGUUGGUGACUCCCCAAUUCCUGGCGCUGGAGCGUAUGCAGACCAAGACGUCGGAGGUGCAGCUGCUACAGGAGAUGGGGACGUUAUGAUGAGAUUUCUUCCAAGUUUUUUAGCUGUUGAGGAAAUGAGAAGAGGUCAGACUCCAAAGCAAGCGGGAGAAACAGCCAUCAGGCGUAUUGUUGCAAAGUACCCAAGCUUUCAGGGGGCAAUGGUUGUUCUUCACAAGAGUGGACAGCAUGCAGCUGUGUGCCAUGGGCUUCCUGGUGGCACAUUUCCAUACACACUGGCAAGCCCUACAACUGGAAAGGCCACAGUGUUCUCUGUCAAGUGCCUUUAGAUUGCACUUUGACAGUCAAACAAAUCACUGUAACAAAGACUCAACCUGCAUCAAGUACAAAUUGUUGUCAGAAAAAAUUUUAGACAUCUAUCUGACUAGACCAGUAGGGUGGCAAAUAAAUGUUCUAAAAGAUUGA